UUGAGUUAGCCAGCACAACGAUUAUCUGCAGGUUGGACGUUGAAUAGUACAUAGCAAACGCGCUGAUCUCACGAGCGCCUGGUCCGAAAGCUCAGCGAAAGAGUCAAACUGAACGAUGUUGAUUCUGAAAAGUAUUUCGGCUUUUUUUGCAAUCUCCACUGUGAUAUUUGCAAGUUUAUAUGUUCAAGGAAAUCCUGUCCCAGAUGACAGGAAUAUAGAUCUCAAAUAUCAAGAUGAAGAGGUUUUCAAGCGAGAAAUAAACGAUAAAAUUAAAGAUCUGCAUAAGAACGAAGGAAAGAUGUUUGACAGAAUUCUUAUGGUGAACAGCUUGCACAAAAGAUGGAAAACGGAAAAUCGUUUGAAGAAAAGGGGUGUAAAUUCCGAUAACGUUAUCAACACUAUUAACCAGGAGCGUGAUAAUUUGCACCUGUUCGAAGGAGAUAUCGUGAUGAAUAAGAGGGAACUUUCAGAUAUUAAAAAAAGUGAAUCGUUCCGUCGUAAAAGAAAUGCCAUGCACAGACGUAAAGCUAUUUGGACAACGCGGAGAAUUCCAUAUUUUAUAGACCCUGGACUAUCGCUAAAAGCAAGAGAAGCAAUUCAAAAGGCAAUGGACAUAAUACACGCCAAGACUUGCGUCAGAUGGGUGCCUUACACCUCACAGAAACAUUACGUUCAUUUCAAGAAAGCUGACGGAUGUUUUUCGACAAUUGGCAGAGCUUAUGCUCAAUCUGGUGGCCAGACAUUGUCAAUUGGCGAAGGUUGUGAAUGGGUGCCCAUAGCUCUGCAUGAAAUGACACAUUGCAUGGGAUUCUUUCAUGAACAAAGCAGAAAUGACAGGAACAGAUACAUAACAAUUCUUUGGCAGAAUAUUCCAGUCGAUCUCCACGAUCAAUUUGCAAUGUACAGCCAUGGAGCAAUUGACAAGAUGAAGAAAGAUUACGACCUGAGAAGUCUGAUGCAUUACAGUUCCACAGCAUUUGGCAUAAAUGGAGCAACCACAAUUGUUUCCCUUGAUCCCACGAAAAAGAUUGGCGAUGCUGAGGACUUCACUAACCUUGAUAUAGAGGAGAUAAAUGCACUCUACGAUUGCAGAACAUCCUCUGAAACUCAAACAAUGUCGAGUUGGUCAGACUGGACAGAAUGCGAUGAUUCGUGUUUCAAAGAACGUCAAAGAUUCUGCUUCAGGGAAAAUCGAGCCGAGUGCCCAAGCAACACAAACGCAUAUGGAAUUGAAUCAGAGUAUGUCAAAUGUUCCAGCUCAGAAUGCCCAGCUCCGGUUCAUGGCAACUGGGGUUUGUGGUCUUCGUGGGGAACUUGUUCGAAAACUUGCGACGAAGGUAAACACAGACGAACCAGACAGUGUAACAGACCCGCUCCAAGUAAUGGUGGCAAAGCUUGCAUCGGGGCAAGCGAUGAUCUUUCCACUUGCCUGGGUAGAAGAUGUAAUAUGGGAAAAUACGAUACAGACUUCGAAGGUGGCUGGAAUAUAUGGUUUACUGCUGGUAACCCGGGGUUGAUACCAUGGACACAGCACAGCGGUUCAACUCAGACGAUGAAUACUGGACCACAGGGUGAUCAUACACUGCAAGGCAAAGGACACUAUGUUUACGUGGAAUCGUCCCACCGACAGGCGGGUGACAAAGCAUUGCUUGUGAGCAAAUCGCUGCAGUUCACAACGAGUCAGUGUAUGAGGUUCUAUUACAACAUGUAUGGAGAAAAUAUUGGCAAACUCACGUUGUAUCUGGUCCCAGAGGGUAAGGGUCGGUUGAUCUUGUUUACGAAGACUGGAAACCAAGGAGAAGAUUGGCAUAGUGCUGACGUCACUCUGGACUGGAAAGGAAAAUUUCAACUCAUUUUCGAAGCCGAAAUUGGUAAAGGUUACUCCGAUACUGCAUUAGAUGACAUCUACAUUGACAAUGGCGCUUGUCCAGGGUACGAAUGCAAGGAUGACAACACGAACUGUCAACACUGGGCUAGCAAUAACCAGUGUUCUGACAAUCCAGGAUACAUGCACUUAAACUGCAGAGUGAGUUGUGGAGUGUGUACGCCACCCGAGGCGACUAAAACAACUCAAUUACCAGCAACAACUCCACUACCAGAGACAACUCAAUUACCAGAAAAAUGCAAGGAUGACAACACGAACUGUCAGCAAUGGGCUAAAGAUAACCAGUGUUCUGACAAUCCAGGAUACAUGCACUUAAACUGCAGAGUGAGUUGUGGAGUGUGCACAACACCAGAGGCGGCUAAAACAACUCAAUUGCCAGCAACAACUCCACUACCAGAGACAACUCAAUUACCAGAAAAAUGCAAGGAUGACAACACGAACUGUCAGAAAUGGGCUAAAGAUAAUCAGUGUUCUGACAAUCCAGGAUACAUGCACUUAAACUGCAGAGUGAGUUGUGGACUGUGUACGCCACCAAAGACGACUAAAACAACUCAAUUACCAGAAAUCUGCAAGGAUGACAACAGUAACUGUCAACAAUGGGCUAAAGAUAAUCAGUGUUCUGACAAUCCAGGAUACAUGCACUUAAACUGCAAAGUGAGUUGUGGACUGUGUACGCCACCAGAGGCGACUAAAACAACUCAAUUGCCAGCACCAACAGCACAACCUACGACUGUCCAACAAAGUUGCAGCGACAAUGAUGUAAGAUGCCCAGGCUGGGCGAGCACAGGAGAGUGUGGAAAGAAUCCAGAAUGGAUGAAGGUGAACUGCAUGAAAAGCUGUCAAGAAUGUUGAACUACGAAGCAUAUUAUGUCUGCAGCAGUUAAAAACAAUUUCGUUUUUUAAGUGAACUAUCACGAACUACUCUUGUAGGUAUUUAAGUUAAGCGCUUGGCAAAACGCAUGGUGAAUAUGACUUAUAUGAGGCAAAUUUUAUCUAUGUAUGUCAACUGUAAAAAAUGUUGUAAAAUGUUAAACUUAG